CGAUUGACAUAAUGACAUUGAUAUCAAUUGACAAUGACAAAUGUUCUUUUAUUCGGAGUGUUAUCUAUUUUAUUUAUAAAUUCCUUUUUAAAAUAAUCCUGGGUUUUCUUGUCUAAUUUAUUAAUAAAUUUUCUUAUUGACAAUGAAUUCUAUUUUAAAAACAGGUAAAAUCGUUAAUUCUAUCACACCCAUACUCAGAUCAACUACGAUCCGUUGCAUAACGAACAAAAUAGAAGAUGUGGAUACACACACCGGACAGAAGUGGGAUUCGGAUGACUACCGACUUGCAAGAUUUGCUUUGGCACCAAAGCAAGUUAAUCCUAAUUGGGCUGUAAAUUUAAUAGCUGAAGUACCUCCAAAAGAAGUAACAGAAAGAGUAGUUUGGUGUGAUGGUGGAAGUGGACCGGAAGGUCAUCCAAGAGUGUACAUUAAUGUGGACAAACCUGGCAAUCACGCAUGUGGAUACUGUGGAUUGAGAUUUGUUAAAAAGGAUCAUCACUGAAAUCAAAUGCUUUGUCUGCGCAAAACACUCAUCUGUAAUUAUUUUUUUCAUAUAGAAAUUGUAGUCUAUAAUUGUGAAUAACUAAAUGCAAUAAAUGUAUUGAAAAUGA